AAAUAGCAGUAGAUAUGCAAAUAUGGAAGAAGGGUAGCCAGGUAUAAGACAACUAUAAAAAUCCCAAGGAGAAAUGGUAACAAGAACCAUUUCUUAGAAUAAUAGCUAAUAGAGGUAAUGGCAGUAGAGGUGGUGAAAAGGGGCAGAAGAAAAAAAGAAGAGAGAAGAAAUCAGGGAUGACAGUAGGCGCCAUGUCCAGCCGCAAAGGUGGCAAGAAGCCCCUGAAACAGCCCAAGAAGGAGGCCAAGGAGAUGGAUGAGGAAGAGAAGGCUUUCAAGCAGAAACAAAAAGAGGAGCAAAAGAAACUCGAGGAGCUAAAAGCGAAGGCCGCGGGGAAGGGGCCCCUGGCCACAGGUGAAAUUAAGAAAUCUGGCAAAAAGUAAGCUGUUCCUUGUGCCUGAGGAGAUGAUGACCCUUUAUUUCAUCCGUAUUUAAACAUCUGUAUUCCCUGCCAUAACAUCU